AAGCCGAGUUCUUGCGGAAAUCGUGGCUGUUACUGAUUCGUUACCACAUGGGACUCGGAGCUGCCGGCGAGAUGUAUUGAUUGAGCGUAGCCGGACUUAUGGAGCGUGAGGAGGGAUGCAGACCCCCUGACCGUGUGGGUCUGAGAGCUCCUGGGAGCUGGAGAGCAUUGGUUUGUGGACCGAGGAACCUCCUGCUGAAGGAUGUUUUUAAUUGCCACCUCCUGAAGACGGUCCUGUUGGGUCAGGUCCUGUCCAUGCUGAUCUGUGGGACAGCCGUGACCAGUCAGUAUCUGGCGGAAGCUCAUGUGGAGACUCCGAUGCUGCAGAGUUUCCUAAACUACACUCUGCUGCUCCUAACCUACACCACCACUCUUUCACUCAGGAGAGGAGAUGAGAGCUUUUUUCAGAUAUUGAAAUCGAGGUGGUGGAAGUAUUUGCUGCUGGCACUCACAGAUGUUGAGGCAAACUACACAGUUGUGAAGGCUUACCAGUUCACUACACUUACAAGCAUUCAGCUGCUGGACUGCUUUGUGAUCCCGGUGCUGAUGGUGCUCUCGUGGUUCUUCCUGAAGACCCGUUACAGGCUGCUGCACUUCAUCGCCGUGGCCGUGUGUGUGCUUGGGGUCGGAGCGAUGGUGGGAGCCGACCUGCUUGCUGGAAGAGACCAGGGCUCAAACUCUGAUGUGUUACUGGGUGACGGCUUGGUGCUGAUCAGUGCUGCUCUGUAUGCCGUGUCUAACGUGGGUCAGGAGUACACGGUGAAGAACCUGAGCAGGGUGGAGUUCUUGGGCAUGAUGGGACUUUUCGGGACGCUGAUCAGUGGUGUACAAAUGGCUGUACUUGAGGGCGGUGCAGUCAGUAAGAUCAGCUGGGACUGGAAAAUAUGCUUGCUCUUCAUCGGCUUUGUGCUGUGCAUGUAUGGCCUGUACAGUUUCAUGCCUGUGGUGGUGAAGAUGACCAGUGCUACAGCGGUGAACCUCUCGCUGCUAACGGCUGAUCUCUUCAGUCUGUUCUGCGGCAUCGUACUCUUUCACUACAUGUUCUCGGUCCUGUACAUCGUAUCAUUUGUGGUGAUCACCAUCGGCUUCAUCCUGUUUAACAUCAUUCCCACUUACACACCAGCUCCAUGUGAUGCCACCGAGAGUGCUUAUCAGAGCGUAGCCACGGCAGAGGUGGUGCAGGGAGAUGGAGAGACUGCGCUGGACUGCCAGCAAGAUGGACAGCAGGAGGAGAAGUGUGGACACACAGAACCCUGUACAACCCUCUGUGCACUGAAAUGCAUUGUGUAACAUGAUGCUCUACAAUGUAGAGUGCACAGUGUUGGAUAUGCCUGAUUUUUAAAAGCAGUGCCUUUUUUACUUCGACUAAAAGUUACUGUAUUGUUGUUGAUUUUGUUUGAUUGGAAUCAGCUUUUACAGUGUAUAAUGUUUUUUUUACUGAAUAUGUCUGAUCAGUACAUUUUAGAUGUUAUUUUAUUUAGUCUGAAGUUUACGUGUUGCACUCUGUUGUAAUUAGCGGUGAAUAUUUCUUUAAGGUCAGAAACAGGGUUUUACGUUAUUGUAAUAGUCAGUAGUUACACAUGAUUAUAAAAGUCGCAGCUGAUUGGCACAUGGUCAAAUCCUGUUAUGUUGUGUGCCAGUAUACAAAACAAAUAGUGUUUCCAUUAAUCAUGAUGCUAAAAUAUUUAAAAAUCUGUAAGGUUAAAAAAAAGCUGCUUUUCUGAAUGUUGUUUUAAAUCUAGAGUAUUAUCACCUCAUGAAGUUGCGUUCCAUUGGUGCUUAAAUUCUUGUCACAAAGUGACUUAUUAUUUUGGUCAGUAUGUAAAGUUUUAACUGCUCAAAGCAGAUGUACCAGCUGUAAGAUAAAGCACUUUUUUAUUGAUAUGCUGAGUAUUUAAUAAAUAACUUUGUUUAUA